CUACUCCAACAUGGAUGGUGGCGGUGUUGCACCUGAGCGCUGGUUUCCAUCCGCCAUGAAAGAAGAACCGGAAACAGUUGUUCCUCAGGGUGGUACGGGCUAUGCCCUCCAGCUUCGAUGAUAUACAUUCAAAGUCAACUAAAUAGCCUCUUUCUUUGGAUAAAGUUGCACUGAACGGAAUAUUUUAACGGCAUCUUCUCUGUGCUGUCCCCUUUGUUUUAUUUUGGUCAACAUUUGAAGGGAAGCCGAGCAUACUACGAAGCUAACACAGUUAGCUUUAGCCCCAUCGAGUUAAACAGACUGGAAGGAACGUUCCCGACAGAUUUAUUAAACAUGUCCAAAGUCCAAAUACUGAGAUCUGUAGUGAACCAGAGACUGAAUGCUGCCGUCGAAGAGGUUUUUGAGCUGUUCGAAAGAACGAUAGCAGAGUACGAGGAGCAGCUGAGAGCAUCUAAAGAGGAAAACCAUCGACAACAAAAACUACUGGACGCCGUUUUAAACCCUGAGAUCCAGCUAGAGAGAACAGAUGUCGGGCAGCGGGUAGUGAGAAGAGAGGAGGUUCUUCCUAAGCAGCAGCUGAUGGUGAGAAGAGAAGAGGUUCACCCUGAUCUGCAGCUGUUGGUGAGAAAAGAGGAGGUGCUCCCUGAUCAGCAGCUGAUGGUGAGAAGAGAGGAGGUUCUCCCUGAGCAGCAGCUGAUGGUUAGGAGAGAAGAGGUUCUCCCUAAACAUCAGCUGAUGAUGAGAAGAGAAGAGGUUCUUCCUGAACAGCAGGAGAGGAGCUCCAGUCUGAACCAGGUUAUAGAGCCUCCACACAUUAAAGAGGAACAAGAUGACCUGUGGAGAGGUCAAGAAAGAGAGCAGCUUCAAGGAGCAGAAGAGGAUGACAUCAACGUAUUUGAAUUCAAUCCUGUCAUUGUGAAGAUUGAGGAUGAAGAUGGAGAGGAACCUCAGUCCUCACAACUUGAAGGAAACCCAGAGAACAGAGACACAGAGCGUUUGAAAACAGGAGCAGAUAGAGACGACUAUAGGGGACCAGAGCCAGAUGGAGACUUUAAUCCUGACGUUUAUUUAGAGCCAGUUACUCCUGAAGAGACUUCAGACCUUUCUGGAUCUGACACAGAUGACAGUGGUGGUUGGGAGGAAAGUGAUGAACCUCAGGAAGGUCUAAACCCUCUGCCUAAUGCAAACAUAGGCAGUGAUGAGAAAAAUAACACUGGAAAUACAUCAGUUAGCUCCUCUGAGUGUUCUACGAGCUUUGGACAAAAGAAACAACUGAAGAGGCACCAUGUAGAGAAACCAUUCAGCUGCUCAAUUUGUGGUAAAAAGUACCCAAAAGAGAGAAACUUAAAAGGUCACAUGUUGCGUCAUUCAACAGAAAAACCAUUCAGCUGCUCAGUUUGCAAUAGAAGUUUUAUAAAGAAAACAGAGAUGGUGACGCACAUGAGAUCCCACACAGGAGAAAAACCUUUCCAGUGUGAUGUUUGUGGUAAAAGAUUUACACAGAGCGGAUCUCUAAAAUCUCACACUAUUGUCCACACAGGAGUAAAACCAUUCAGUUGUUCUGUUUGUGGUAAAGAUUUUUUUCAACGUGGACAGCUGAAGCAACACUUGGCUGUCCACACAGGGGAGAAACAUUUCAGUUGCCCAUUUUGUAAGAAAAGUUUUUACUCUAGAGCAAAGACCGAGAGGCACAUGAGGGUCCACACAGGAGAAAGACCAUACAGUUGCUCAGUUUGUGGUAAAAGUUUUUCUCACUCUGGAACUCUGAAACAACAUGCUGUUGUUCACACCGAGGAGAAACCCUUCGGUUGCACGGUUUGUAAUAAAACCUUCUCUCGGCUGUUUACUUUCAAAAAUCACAAGUGUGUUGAUAAGAGCAGUCAAACGUGAAUGAAACCUUCAGGUGCUCAUCAGAUGUCACCUUGAGUGCACACAUAUUAAAUCCAACAUGACUUUCACCUACAGACAAUAACUGAAGAUGUUUAGGCUCUAGUUAGCCCAGCAAUUUCUCCUCACGUGUUGAACUCUUAAUGUUAUGUGAUCAGACUAUUUAAGUUAUAAAACGGCAGUAAUGGGGACUGGAAUUUAGCAGAUGAGCAAAUUGAAGAUAGAUUUUAUCCAUAGUACAGAGCCCUAGACAUGAAAUGGUCAAAAAAAAAUUAAAUUGUGGCCACAAUAUAGCUAUAACGUGCACACAAAAUACUAAUUCAUGGCCUAAUAAUACUAAUUCGUGGCCACAAAAUACCUGUUUAUGGCCACAAAAUACUAAUUCUUGGCCUCAAAAUUCUAAUUCUUGGCCUCAAAAUACCAAUUUGUGGCCAAGACAUAUAAUUCAUGGCUUCAAAAUAAUAAUUCAUGACCGCGAAUUAAGUAUAACGUGUACACGAAAUACUAAUGAAUAAUAUGAUUCUUGGACAGGUGGGUAAGCAAAUGGAGCGCACCUUCUCUCUACCUUCAGGGUUAGUAUGAUUGGAUUUUAUUUUAGGCUGGGGAUGAAUGCCUUAAAUAAAAUUAAGUCAUACUAUCCCUGUCCAUCAUGUAGCUUUGGCCCUUCUACUGCCUCAACCUUAGACCUUAGGCCUUGUUUACAUGACAACGUUUUGCUUUGUUUUCUGUUUUCGUUUCCCAAAAGUUUCACGUUUACACGGCAAGGUUUUGAAAACAAUCUCCAUCUACACGAGAAUGCAGGAAACAGAAAAACGCCUUAGUAAGGUGAUUUACUACACAAUAAAACUGUCUCUCCAGCAAGAACAGUGUUUUUCAUGUGUUUUUGAUAAUAUGUAACAUUUUUAUCAUACACGUGUGCAUGAGAGUAAUUCAUCACUAAAUCCUCAUCAUCAUCACCAUCGUAGUGCAGCAGCGAAGUUUUACGGCACAUAUAAACACAAAAAUGCAUUGCAAGACCAGUCUUAUUAUAACGAAAUCCUGUUAAGACUGUUUCAUUUUCCAGGGACAAACUUUUCUCCUAAAGCCUUUGAUUUCUCGUGGAUUUUCUCCGAAAGUGCAGUGCUUCCUGCUUUUAGCGCAGCAAAAGAAUGAUAGCCUUUUCAGAACAAUAUUUCGACUUCCCCUUUUUCAAUUUUAUCUGUUUCUUGGAAGUGAUUAUCUUUUUUAAACACGGAAGCUCUAAUCCUGUCUCCUCCAUCAGCUAUACAUUGAUAUUGAUAUUGAUAAGACAAGGUCCGCUAGAUUUGCUUACUUAGCUGUCCAGGAAUGAUAUUAAUAUUAUUAAUUAGUAUUUCUUGCAUACGUUAUACUUAUUUGUGUCCAGAAAUUAGUAUUUCACAGCCAUGUUAUACUUGUGUCGUCGGCACGAAUUGGAAUUUUGUGGCCAUGAAUUAGUAUUUCAUUAGUACGUUACAGCUAUAUUGUGGCCACAAUUGAAAUUUUUUUGACCAUAUCAUGUCUGGGGCUCCUUACCAUGAAAAUAAAGAGUUUUUUUUUUUUUUUUUAAACUAAACUUGUUUACCUGUGAAGUUCUUAUCCACCGUGUGUAAAUCCAGAGACAUCAUAGCUUAUUUGCUAAAUGUGUUUCUGCCGCAAAAAAGUCACACUAAACCUCUUAUGGUCAGAAAAACCUUCCAACCUCGUGCAAGCAUGGGACUUUUUUUCUCAGAUUUUCAGUGUUUAUUGUCAGUCUUUUUAUGUACAAAAUGACAAAGGUUCAUAAAAGCUAGUAGAUGGAAACCCUGUUAGAAUCAGUCAACAUUGAAUCACUGUACUGUAUAACCUGUGUCUGUUCAUGUCUUUUUUUAAGACUCUGCUUUAGUGAAGUAAUAAGCAUUAGUUCUACCCCAGCUACUUCUAAUAACCUACUACUACUUACAUAACUAAACUAACAGCUACCGUAUGCAAAAAAAAGCAAAUGUUUGUUUAUGAACAGCUGCUUAAGACAUUGUUAGUUUAACAUGAAUAAGUUUAUACAUAUUUUAGCUACUUUAAAUCAUUUAUCUAAACCAUGAGAGACGUGGCGUGGUGAUAAAUGAGUUGUGCUCAUCUCUGACUGAAGGGUGUGUUUAAGAUUUUCACUCGGAUGCUGCAUGUUUGUUGAUGAAUCAUUAGU